CUCCCCUCCUUUCCCUUUCUUCUCCAGUGCUCCUACUUUCUCCCGAGUCCUGACAGUCCAGACAUUUCUAUGCCCUAAUCCACCGGACCUCCGACUCUCCACCAAGCUUCAACAAUUUCUUCAAAUUCUUCGUGCCGGGUUCUCUUGUUCGGUUGUUCCGACUUCCAACUCCGACGAGCUUGAAGCUCCGGCUGCUCCGCAGAUCCCAAUUCCAUCACCCAUUUGUGACAUCAGUCGAACGUUGCAAUUUACUGGCGUAAAAGGAUUGGUUCGCAGAAGAAGAGAAGGAAAACAGGAGGAAGAAGAUGAACAAGAAAAAGGUGUUCAACUUGGCCAAGGGUUUCCGAGGCAGGGCGAAGAACUGCAUUAGAAUCGCGAGGGAGAGGGUCGAGAAGGCCCUGCAGUACUCCUACAGAGACCGCCGCAACAAGAAGCGUGAUAUGAGGUCUCUCUGGAUCCAGCGCAUCAAUGCCGGCACUCGCCUCCACUCAGUCAAUUACGGUAACUUCAUGCACGGGUUGAUGAAGGAGAACAUCCAGCUGAACAGGAAAGUUCUGUCAGAAUUGUCCAUGCAUGAGCCACUUAGCUUCAAGGCCCUAGUGGACAUCUCUCGUAAUGCCUUCCCUGGGAACAAGAAUGUGGUUCAUCCUCCCAGGAAGGUAAGCAUUCCAGUCAGUGUCUAGUAUGCUGGUUGCUUUGUCUCUCUUGUUUCUCUUUUUGGGCUCGACAUUGGAACCAUUGUUUUGUGGUUCCUUCAAAGUUUCUACUGGUUUAGAAAGAAUUUACAGCCUGAACUUUGGAAUCUCAAUCAUCUUUUGCUUGCAUAUUC